AUGACCAUUCGUAAAAUGCACAAUUGGAUGUCUGGAAGGGUGGUCGAGAAUACCAGAGUCGCAAAGAAAGGCAAGGGUAUCAUGCGACCAGGACCACGUAUGGAGCGGCAAGCCCUCCGGGCUACUUUCCGACCUCCCAAUCCCGAAAUUGAUUUGGUAUCGGACCGCAAGAAGCCUGCCGUGGAAGAAAACUCCUCGAUCAUCGAUGAAUCUCUCUCAUCGCCGUCCAAAGACAAUACUCCGAUGAUAUCUGAGAAGGAACCGGAACUCGAGAUUAUUACAAAGCUCCCCGAAAACUCAAGUGAAAAUGAUUCAGAACCAGGCAUGUUUGAAGGACUGUUGGAAAAGUUUCCUGACUUCACUCACUUAGACGAAGAUUUAUCGAUUACCGAGCCUACUCCACCGAUCUCCGAAGACACGAUCGAAUACGAUUCAACAUCCGAAUCCGAAAGAAAUAGAGCAAAAUCGGCCCUGUUAACAUUUUUGUCGUCGCCGAAACAUAGGCGCGCUAAAUUAAGAAUAACCAAGAAAGACGGUGGUCUUGAAAUUCUCAAGAACUGCUGGAGCCAGGAAGUUUCUGGUAUAACGUUGCAUGUCGAUACUGUUGAUGACAUUAUGGAAAGAUUCUUUUCGGCAACUAAUGAGUACGAUACUUUAAUGAUAUCGAGGGGGUUGACCCAGAGUCAAGGGAUCAAGAUUGAAUUGCAGGGUUUGAGGAGGUCAGAGCCGGCCGCAGACCGUGGCGGCGUGAAUAUCUCAGGACUGAGCUUAGACGGAUAA